UGGCUACAUGAUCACAGCCACGCCCACCUCUUAAACUGCACUUGGCAACGAAAUUCAUGCCAAUAUGACACCUGUCUGCGUAGGAAAUUCAUGACAAGACAGAAGGGCAGGCUUCGGAUCACAAUAAUAGUGACUGUGAUCUCCCCAGAAGCCUCUCCGGGAGAAACUCAAUGCUCCUUUCUCACCUGUAUGCCAACUGGAAUUUGAAGGGAGCUUGCUAACUGAUGUUCUAUGUGGACCCAGAAGUACUACUGAUAAGGGUAUUUAUGGCAUAAUGAUAAAUUUCAUCUUUCCCAGAAUGAUAUGAGGAUCAAUGAUGCAGACUGCUGGGUUCGAUGAAGCUGGGCAUUUAUAACUAGAUUCAUUAAGGAAUACAAAGAAAAUAUUUAAAGGGAUCAAUAAUGGUGUCUUCUGGUUGCAGAAUGCGAAGUCUGUGGUUUGUCAUUAUAAUCAGCUUCUUACCGAAUACGGAAGGUUUCAGCAGAGCAGCUUUACCAUUCGGGCUAGUUAGGCGAGAAUUAUCCUGUGAAGGUUAUUCUAUAGAUCUGCGAUGUCCAGGCAGUGAUGUCAUCAUGAUUGAGAGCGCUAACUAUGGUCGGACAGAUGACAAGAUUUGCGAUGCUGACCCAUUUCAGAUGGAGAAUACAGACUGCUACCUCCCAGAUGCCUUCAAAAUUAUGACUCAAAGGUGCAACAAUCGAACACAGUGUAUAGUAGUUACUGGGUCAGAUGUAUUUCCUGAUCCCUGUCCUGGAACAUACAAAUAUCUUGAAGUCCAGUAUGAAUGUGUCCCUUACAAAGUGGAGCAAAAAGUUUUUGUGUGCCCUGGGACCUUGAAAGCAAUUGUGGAUUCACCAUGUAUAUAUGAAGCUGAACAAAAGGCAGGUGCUUGGUGCAAGGACCCUCUUCAGGCUGCAGAUAAAAUUUAUUUCAUGCCCUGGACUCCCUAUCGUACUGAUACUUUAAUAGAAUAUGCUUCUUUAGAAGAUUUCCAGAAUAGUCGCCAAACAACGACAUACAAACUUCCCAAUCGAGUAGACGGUACUGGAUUUGUGGUGUAUGACGGUGCUGUCUUCUUUAACAAAGAGAGAACCAGGAACAUUGUGAAAUUUGACUUGAGGACUAGAAUUAAGAGUGGAGAGGCCAUAAUUAACUAUGCCAACUAUCAUGAUACCUCACCAUAUAGAUGGGGAGGGAAGACUGAUAUCGACUUAGCCGUUGAUGAAAAUGGCUUAUGGGUCAUUUACGCCACUGAACAAAACAAUGGAAUGAUAGUUAUUAGCCAACUAAAUCCAUAUACUCUUCGAUUUGAAGCAACGUGGGAGACUGUGUAUGACAAACGUGCUGCAUCAAAUGCUUUUAUGAUCUGCGGAGUCCUCUAUGUGGUCAGGUCAGUCUAUCAAGACAAUGAGAGUGAAACAGGCAAGAAUGCAAUCGAUUACAUUUACAAUACCCGAUUAAACCGAGGAGAAUAUGUAGAUGUUCCCUUCCCCAACCAAUACCAGUAUAUUGCUGCAGUGGAUUACAAUCCUAGAGAUAACCAACUCUACGUGUGGAACAAUAACUUCAUUUUACGAUAUUCUCUGGAGUUUGGUCCACCUGAUCCUGCCCAAGUGCCUACCACAGCUGUGACAAUAACUUCUUCAGCUGAGCUGUUCAAAACCACAGUAUCAACCACAAGCACUACUUCACAGAAAGGCCCCAUGAGCACAACUGUAGCUGGAUCACAGGAAGGAAGCAAAGGGACAAAACCACCUCCAGCAGUUUCUACAACCAAAAUUCCUCCUGUAACAAAUAUUUUUCCCCUGCCAGAGAGAUUCUGCGAAGCAUUAGACGCGAGGGGGAUAAAGUGGCCUCAGACACAAAGGGGAAUGAUGGUUGAACGGCCAUGUCCCAAGGGAACAAGAGGAACUGCAUCCUAUCUCUGCAUGGUUUCCACUGGAACAUGGAACCCUAAGGGCCCCGAUCUUAGCAACUGUACCUCACACUGGGUAAAUCAGCUGGCUCAGAAGAUCAGAAGUGGAGAAAAUGCUGCUAGUCUUGCCAAUGAACUGGCUAAACAUACCAAAGGGCCAGUGUUUGCUGGGGAUGUGAGUUCUUCAGUGAGAUUGAUGGAGCAGUUGGUGGACAUUCUUGAUGCACAGCUGCAGGAACUGAAACCUAGUGAAAAGGAUUCCGCCGGACGGAGUUAUAACAAGCUCCAAAAACGAGAGAAGACAUGCAGGGCUUACCUUAAGGCAAUUGUGGACACAGUGGACAAUCUUCUGAGACCUGAAGCUUUGGAAUCCUGGAAACACAUGAAUUCUUCUGAGCAAGCUCAUACAGCAACAAUGUUACUUGACACAUUGGAAGAAGGAGCUUUUGUCCUGGCUGACAAUCUUGUAGAACCAACGAGGGUCUCGAUGCCUACAGAAAAUAUCGUUCUGGAAGUUGCAGUACUCAGUACCGAAGGACAGGUCCAAGACUUUAAAUUUCCUCUGGGCAUCAAAGGCGCAGGCAGCUCAAUCCAGCUCUCUGCAAAUACUGUCAAACAGAACAGCAGGAAUGGGCUUGCAAAGUUGGUGUUCAUCAUUUACCGGAGUUUGGGACAGUUUCUUAGUACAGAAAACGCAACCAUAAAACUGGGUGCUGACUUUAUUGGUCGGAAUAGCACGAUUGCAGUGAAUUCCCACGUCAUUUCCGUUUCAAUCAAUAAAGAAUCCAGCCGAGUCUACUUGACAGAUCCUGUGCUUUUUACCCUGCCACACAUUGAUCCUGACAAUUAUUUCAAUGCAAACUGCUCCUUCUGGAACUACUCAGAAAGAACUAUGAUGGGAUAUUGGUCUACCCAGGGCUGCAAGCUGGUUGACACUAAUAAAACCCGUACAACGUGUGCAUGCAGCCACCUAACCAAUUUUGCAAUUCUCAUGGCCCACAGGGAAAUUGCAUACAAAGAUGGAGUUCACGAAUUACUCCUUACAGUCAUCACCUGGGUGGGAAUUGUCAUUUCCCUUGUUUGCCUGGCUAUAUGCAUCUUCACCUUCUGCUUUUUCCGUGGUCUGCAGAGUGACCGCAAUACUAUUCACAAGAACCUUUGUAUCAACCUUUUCAUUGCGGAAUUUAUUUUCCUAAUAGGCAUUGACAAGACAAAAUACAUGAUUGCUUGUCCAAUAUUUGCAGGACUUUUACACUUUUUCUUUUUGGCCGCUUUUGCUUGGAUGUGUCUAGAAGGUGUACAGCUCUACCUGAUGUUGGUUGAAGUGUUUGAAAGUGAAUAUUCAAGGAAGAAAUAUUAUUAUGUCGCUGGUUACUUGUUUCCUGCCACCGUGGUUGGGGUUUCAGCUGCUAUUGACUAUAAGAGCUAUGGAACAGAAAAAGCUUGCUGGCUUCAUGUUGAUAACUAUUUUAUAUGGAGUUUCAUUGGACCAGUUACCUUCAUUAUUCUGCUAAAUAUUAUCUUCCUGGUGAUCACAUUAUGCAAAAUGGUGAAGCACUCAAACACUUUGAAACCAGAUUCUAGCAGGUUGGAAAACAUUAACUAUGAAGAUAAUAAGCCAUUUAUCAAGUCUUGGGUGCUUGGCGCUUUUGCUCUUCUAUGUCUUCUUGGCCUAACCUGGUCAUUUGGGUUGCUUUUUAUUAAUGAGGAGACUAUUGUGAUGGCAUAUCUCUUCACCAUCUUUAAUGCUUUCCAGGGAGUGUUCAUUUUCAUCUUUCACUGUGCUCUCCAAAAGAAAGUACGAAAAGAAUAUGGCAAGUGCUUCAGACACUCCUAUUGCUGCGGCAGCCUCCCGACUGAGAGCCCCCACAGUUCAGUGAAGGCAUCAACCACCAGAACUAGUGCUCGGUAUUCCUCUGGCACACAGAGUCGUAUAAGAAGGAUGUGGAAUGACACUGUGAGAAAACAGUCUGAAUCUUCUUUUAUCUCAGGUGACAUCAAUAGCACUUCAACACUUAAUCAAGGACAUUCACUGAACAAUGCCAGGGAUACAAGUGCCAUGGAUACUCUACCGCUAAAUGGUAACUUUAACAACAGCUACUCACUGCGCAAGGGGGACUAUAAUGACAGCGUGCAAGUCGUGGACUGUGGACUAAGUCUGAAUGAUACCGCUUUCGAGAAGAUGAUCAUUUCAGAGUUAGUGCACAACAACCUGCGGGGCGGCAGCAAGACUCACAACCUCGAGCUCACGCUGCCAGUCAAACCUGUGAUCGGCGGCAGCAGCAGCGAAGACGAUGCGAUCGUGGCCGACGCUUCCUCUUUGAUGCACGGCGACAACCCGGGGCUGGAGCUCCACCAUAAGGAGCUUGAGGCGCCGCUCAUUCCUCAGCGGACUCACUCCCUUCUGUACCAGCCCCAGAAGAAGGUGAAGCCCGAGGGGACUGACAGCUACGUCUCCCAGCUGACCGCUGAGGCGGAGGACCACCUCCAGUCCCCCAACAGAGACUCUCUUUAUACAAGCAUGCCCAAUCUUAGAGACUCCCCCUACCAGGAGAGCAGCCCUGACAUGGAAGAGGACCUCUCUCCUUCCAGGAGGAGUGAGAACGAGGACAUUUACUAUAAAAGCAUGCCAAAUCUUGGAGCUGGCCAUCAGCUUCAGAUGUGUUACCAGAUCAGCAGGGGCAAUAGUGAUGGUUACAUAAUCCCCAUUAACAAGGAAGGGUGUAUUCCCGAAGGAGACGUUAGAGAAGGACAAAUGCAGCUGGUCACGAGUCUUUAAUAGAGCAGCUAAGGAAUUCCAGGGGCCACAGGCAAGUAUUAAUAAAGACUCCGCUGGCCCAGUGCAGCUCCCUCAGACUCUGCUCGGAGAGAUGGCUCUGUUGACCUGUGGUUCUCCAGUGUAAAAAGAUGACUGAACCUUGAAGUUCUGUGAAUUUUUAUAGAACGUACAGAAACUUUGUAUAUACACAGAGUAUACUAAAAUGAUUAUUUGUUACAAAGAAAAGAGAUGCCAACCAGGUAUUUUAAGAUUCUGCUGCUGUUUAGAGAAAUUGUGAAGCAAGCAAAACAAAACUUUUCCAGCCAUUCUACUGCAGCAGUCUGUGAACUAAAUCUGUAAAUAUGGCUGCACCGUUUUUGUAGGCCUGCAUUGUAUUAUAUACAAGACGUAGGCUUUAAAAUCCUGUGGGACAAAUUUACUGUACCUUACUGUUCCUGACAAGACUUGGAAAAGCAGGAGAGCCAUUCUGCAUCAGUUUGCAGUUCGUUCACUGCAAAUCUUUUACAUUAAGGCAAAGAUUGAAAACAUGUUUAACCACUAGCAAUCAAGCCACAGGCCUUAUUUCAUAUGUUUCCUCAAUUGUACAAUGAACUAUUCUCAUGAGAAAUGGCUAAAGAAAUUAUAUUUUGUUCUAUUGCUAGGGUAAAAUAAAUACAUUUGUGUCCAACUGAAAUAUAAUUGUCAUUAAAAUAAUUUUAAAGAGUUUGAAGAAAAUAUUGUGAAAAGCUCUCGGUUGCACAUAUGUUAUGAAAUGUUUUUUCUUACACUCUGUCAUGGUAAGUUCUACCCAUUUUCACUUAUUUUCCACUGUACACAGUGUUCUGCUUUGACCAGUUAGUCUUUAUUCUUACAUUUAAAUUUCUUAUUGCCAAAAGAACGCGUUUUAUGGGGGAAAAAAACUCUUCGAAGCCAGUUACGCCAUGCCUUGCACAAAUGUGGGGAAAUCUAGAAAAGAGUCUGUGUUACCUCUCUGUUUAUUCUUGAACGGAGGGCAAUGAGGGCACUGGGCACUUCUCACAAACUUUCUAGUGAACAAAAGGUGCCUAUUCUUUUUUAAAAAAUAAAAUAAAACAUAAAUAUUACUCUUCCAUAUUCCUUCUGCCUAUAUUUAGUAAUUAAUUUAUUUUAUGAUAAAGUUCUAAUGAAAUGUAAAUUGUUUCCGCAAAAUUCUGCUUUUCUUUUCAUCCCUUUGUGUAAACCUGUUAAUAAUGAGCCCAUCACUAAUAUCCAGUGUAAAGUUUAACACGGUUUGACAGUAAAUAAAUGUGAACUUUUU